AUUUAAAGAGAAAAAAAAAAUCAAAUGAAAUAAUCACACAACAAUAAACAAAACAAUAUAGUUUGUCGCUAUAAAAUUAAUAAAAUAUGAAAAAUAAUAUUUUUUUUAUUUUAUUAUUUUUAAUAUUAUUUACAAGCAGUAUAGAUAUAGUAAAAUGUAUAAAUAAUAAUAAUAAUAAUAAUAAUAAUAACAAUCAUUAUAAAAUACAAAUAAACUCAAACUAUAAUACAAAUUAUAGAAAUAAUAAUAAUAAUAAUAAUAAUAUAAAUAGUUUUAAUAAUGGGUUAAAGAUUCUUCAAAAUAAAAAUAUAGGGUGUGAAAUACAUUCUUGGAACGAUUUAAACGAGUUUGAUCAAAUGUAUGCAAAGGGUGUAAUAUGGAAUAAGAUCGAUGUGCAUUUUGUGUAUUCUAAAGAGUUUUGUAUGUCCCAAGGUUUAAAUGACUCAAGAGGAUGUUUUGUAUUCUCACACGAUACCCCAUCAAUAAACUAUCAAUACAACAAUACAUUAGAUUUACUAAAAUACAUUGAGAGUAGAAAAGAUAUAUGGUAUAGCGUUAAUUCAAUCUCAAAUACUUUAAAAUAUAUGGAUUUUUGUUUUAAGGCGCAUUUUUCAGUUUGUGGUAACUCCAAAGAAGCAAGAGACUAUAAUGAGCUAUUAGAUGAGUUUAUACUGGAUCUAUUAGAUAUCAAAGAAAAGUUACAAUUAAAUAUUGAAUUUGUAUUGGAUGGAAAGGGUAUUCAAAUUGAUUGCUUAAAAGACAAAUGGGACCCACUAAUUUCAACAUGGAUCGAUGAACCCUUUGGCGCUCUUUUUUCAAAUGAUCCCAGUAAAGGUUAUGAUAGAUUUCAAGUUGCAGAUAUUUACAUUGCACCAAUAUUUCCAUCAUUUUGGAUAGAUGUUCUUUGUUUGUUCCAUCCGCCAUUUGGUAAAUUCCACAACUCUAGUUAUCCAAUAUUGGUUUGGGAACCAGCCAGCCAACAUGAUAUUCAGGCAGUUUCUUCAUCUUAUCACUCAUGUUUAGCGAGACAUAGUGAUUUACAAUUCCCUGAAUUAAGAUUUGCAUCAAAUAUUGACCCAAUUCAGUUAUCAUUAUAUGCAGGGUCGGUAUCAAACAAAACAUGGAACUUUAAAAUUGAUGAUUAUGGUUUAACUCUUCGUUCUGCAUAUGAGCCACCUAUAGAUAAGAAAUAUACCAAUUUACUAAAGAGUAUUAAGAACAGUAAUAGUUUACAUGGUAAUAAUUUUUAUUCAAAUAUAACUAGUUGGUUAUUUUCAAAUAAUAGUUUAUCAGUCAACACUCCCACAGCAUCAACAUCAACAUCCUCUACAUCAUCAAAUUUACAAAACUUAAUAAACCCCAAAAUCAUUUCAUAUCAAUUCAAUAAUUUAAAUCACUUUAUAGUAUUUUUUACCAACGAUUCAUCACCAACAACAUCAGUUUAUUACCAUUUAUUUAAUUCAGAUCAAAUAUUAGGAAGAUUAAAUUAUUUAAAUACUUUUAAACUAGAUAUACCUAAUAACAGUGCAUUUAAAUCACCCAUAAAUACUAUAAAUCUAAUUAAUAAUUCAACAUUGUUUAUAAUAGAUAAUCAAUCAAACUAUUUAAUAUAUAAUACAGGGGUUACCGAUACAAGUUUUGAAAUUUUAGAUUACAAUUCUUUAAAGAUAAAUACAACAGAGGAUGAUCCUGGAACAGUAAACACAUUCGAUUUUAUAAUAGAUAAUAAUAAUGAUUUAACAAUAAUAGAGUAUCUUUCAACUAAUGUUAAUUUACUAUCAACAAAUAUUUGGUACUUUGAUAAAUUAACAAUUCCUAUAAAUAAUAUACCAAAAUAUAAAUCAAAAAUAUUAAUAUCUCACAACUCUAGUAGCAGCGAUAGCAUCAAUAAAAAUUCUCCACCAAUUACAUCAAUAUCAGCAAUAAAUAGGAAUAAAGAAGGAGUUGAUACAGUUUUGCUUUUCUCAAACGAUAAAAAGGAAAUUUAUGGAGUAUAUUUGAAAAUGAAUAGUACAGGAAAUAAUUCAACAUAUAGCGAUUUUGGUAUUGUUAAUGGUCCAAAUAUGGUAGAUAUAGGAGAUCAACUAUCAAGUACAGUCAUUGAUAAUGAUCUGGUAAUUCAGGUUCACAGCGAUGGAUAUUGUUUUAAUUCAGAGCUACACAAUAAAAGGGCGGGUCCAAGGGUUUGUGAAAGUUCAGCAACCUCAACACCUAGAAUUUUAAAUUAUAAUUUUGGAUAUUUCGAUGAUUGGGUAGAGCAAAUUAAAUCAAAGGAAAUGAUAACAAGUUGUAAUAAUAAAAUAUUACAUGGUACCUAUAAUCAAGGUAGCUUCCCAUCGGUUCAUCUAUAUAAAGAAAUCAAUGGUACAGUAAAUAAUUUAGGUUUAAAAUAUGGUGUGGUAGAGGUGCACCAGGGUUUACCAUUAGACUUUAUAGAUCGUUCAAACUGUGGUCGACCAACAUCAUGGGAUCAAAUUGUACUGGAUAGUUGGAAAAUAUUACCAGAUUUUUUAAAAUUAAACCAAAAAAUAAAUAAAUAA